AGAUACUUAAUUGUACCAAGCACAUCACAUUGCCUUAAUGUUAUCCCUAAACACGAUGUUUGGUAUUCAACGAAGAAAUCUGUAACUAACAUUGAACUCAAUGAAACCGACACAAAGGUACAGGUUGGCACAGCAAAAAUAGUCAAAGAAAACUUAAAAUCUACUGGACAACUAGGAAUAAUAAUAAGUGGUAUUGGAAUUACAGCUUUUGUAUUAUAUACUUUAUUUUCGGAAUUAUUCUCCAGUGAAAGUCCGGAUGCUAUUUAUAGCAAAGCUCGGGUACGUUGCAUGGAACAUCCAAAAAUUAUAGAUCUGCUUGGUGCUCCUAUAAAGGCUUAUGGUGAUGAAACAAAUCGUAGACGCAGGAGACGUAUCAAUCAUAUGUAUUUCAUUAAAGAUGGUAUCAAACAUAUGAGAUUAAAGUUUUAUUUAGAAGGAACAAGACGACGUGGAACAGCAUUUGUAGAAGUAAAGAAAAAUGAAUCUGAUAAAUAUGAAUAUUCUUAUCUAUAUGUUAUGGUGAAUCAUUUUGGAAUAAUUGCAAUAGAACCUGAACAGGAUGUUGCUGAUAUGCAAUAAAUUUAAGAAUUUAUAUUGGAUUUUAGAUGAAAAUACUAAUAUAAGAGAGAAAUAAUUAAUAAUUGUAUAAUAUAUCAAGAUAUGUAAAUAAUAUUUUAUAUUAUUAAACUUGUAUAAUGUAAUUUUAUAAAA